AUGCUGAGCUUCCUUCUGGUACUGGUUGUUGUCUUCGAAUAUCUCCACUUGAGCUGGUCUGAGACCGACUUCAAUGAGAGCAUCUCGACUCCUCAAGAGAACACCCAAGGAGGCAAUACGAAUCCUCUAGAGUUGAAUAAGAUGUUGUCGCUGAUAAAGCCUUACUUUACGGGGAGCACGCGGAAGAAGAGCUCGUGGAGAUAUGCUUUGGUGAGAUGCUGUUAA